AGCGGGGGGAGGAGUUUGUUGGCGACCAUUAAAGGCGCGUCAAGUCCUGUAUGAUUGCAUCCUGUUUUUGUGCCAGCUGCGGUACUGUACUUACUGUGUGGAGAUAUAUCUGCUAAAACAUCGCGAUGGCUGACCAGCUGACAGAGGAGCAGAUUGCCGAAUUCAAAGAGGCAUUUUCACUCUUUGACAAGGAUGGUGAUGGCACCAUUACCACCAAAGAGUUGGGGACCGUCAUGCGCUCCCUCGGGCAGAAUCCAACGGAGGCCGAGCUGCAGGACAUGAUCAACGAGGUGGACGCUGAUGGCAAUGGGACGAUAGACUUUCCAGAGUUUCUUACCAUGAUGGCAAGAAAGAUGAAAGACACCGACAGCGAGGAAGAGAUCAGAGAAGCAUUCCGUGUCUUUGAUAAGGACGGGAACGGCUACAUUAGUGCAGCUGAAUUGCGUCACGUCAUGACAAACCUCGGAGAGAAGUUGACAGACGAAGAAGUCGAUGAGAUGAUCAGAGAAGCAGAUAUCGAUGGAGAUGGACAGGUUAACUACGAAGAAUUUGUACAAAUGAUGACGGCGAAAUGAAGGCCUUGUACAGAUCCCUUGUACUCUCUCUCUUCUAUAAAUAAUUUGCCUUUUUUCUGUUUAAUUUAUCUGUAAAACAUUAAGUCCCCUCCCCUUUCUCCUCCCGGCUGUCCAAAGGAACUGCAUGUAAACUGCAUAGGAUCUUCAGUCCUCAUGUCCCUUUCUUUUGCUGUCAUCGUGUUUUCGGGGUGACGAUGCGGUUACACGAUCAGGUGCUUGUUGCCGCGAAGAGGGGCCUGUGGCGUGCAAAAACUUACACGUCACGUCUGUCUGACCCCCUCAUGCGUAGCAAGAGUGGAUCCCUGCCAGCUGGUUGUCUAUUGGCAGCGAUGUUGGCAUGGCAACAAUGUAGAGUAGUAACUCUGCAUGGACUAUGGACUAAGUAUAUUAUAUAUAUAUAUAUAUAUACAUUUAUAUAUAUAUAUGAAAUUUCUCAGCAUUGCACUACUGCAAAAAAAAAAAGAAAGACACGGGUGUAUCUUCAAGAUACUCGUACAUAAACUCUUUUUGUAUCUGCUGUUCUAUACCAAGAACUUGUUUGAAUCUUACAAUGCUUUAAUGUUCUAUUCACUUAAUCUAAGGUAGUUUUCUUUUUACUUUUUUUAAAACGCCACUUAAUGGCAUUGUCAUGCCUCAGAUAGUCCAUUCCAAGAUGUAUAUUUGUUUUCCAAUAAAAUUUACUAUUUACCCAUACUGAAAAGUUUUGUUUGCAAAGUAUCUUUCAGCCCUUGAUAAUUGUAAAAAAGCUCUGAUGUUAUUCAUUAUCCAUCCCAGAGCUGGUUUGCAGCCACUAUCAUUAAUUUUGUUAACCAAAAUGUUUACAAUAUUUAUUGUAAUGGUUGAAAUGAUUCCUUUGUAAAUCACUAUACAAUGCAUCAGCUGGUCAAAUUACUCUGUGUGUUCACAGGAUAGGAUGGGGUACGCCUCCAUGUCUAUAAAGCUCAUUAAAGUACUAUUGAACGACCA